GACUCCAGAUCUUCAUCAUGAAGUGUUUGAUUCUCCUCUUCAUCAGCUGUACUUUGAUCAGUGCGCAGCCGCAGCCGUGCACGUCUCCCGGCCAGUAUGUCGGCAGCAUGUCACUGACAGCGGCUGACGGCAUCAUCACAUCUGCGGCCACUUACUCGUAUGAUUCUCAUGAUGAAAAACUCCGCUUCAGAAACUACAUGACGAUUCUCGGAGAGACGGUUUAUACGGAUCUGCUGAUGCACUUUAAAGAGGGUGUGAUGUAUGAAAUCGACUACUCGAGCUUCAGCUGUGAGAAGAAGGUUCUGGAGUCCAGUUUUCACCCCAUGCAGGUUCCUCCCGAUGCGGUCUUCAUGGGUCAGGUGGUUUUAGGGACCACAUCAGUUCCUGGUCUGGGUCUGUUGACCAACUCUUGGGUUGGAGGGAUCCCAGAGCUUCAAGCUGAGUAUAUGCUGACCUUCACCGAAUUCACGUGUCUGCCAGUCAGCGCGAUGGUCUACAUGCCUAACACGGGCUGGAUCACCAUCAGUUUCUAUAAUCAUCAGUUGGGCGAUCCGAACCCUAAAGACUUCACGCCUCCGUUCUUCUGUCAAACGGCAGUGCUGGAGGAACUCGAGGACUUGCCCAAAACGAACUUCUGGAAGGCAAUUCGUCAGUGAAACUGCAGCGUCACGCUUUCUUGACCUGCAGUGGAUUUUCUGUGUAAUUGAGCUCAUUUCUGUUGCUUUUGAACGAUUAAUAAAUCAUAUA